GUCCAGGCGGCAUGUCAACAUCCGGGGCCGCGGCGCUCUCUGCGCUGCUUCUCUUCCAGAUUCCCGCGGCUUAUCGGUGGGCCAGUGUGUGGUGGCUUUCCCUGACUCCCGGAGACCCGGUCUCGGACCAGCCUUUUGGCAGAGAAGCGGCCGGGCCGCACGGCGAGCCGGUGAGUCCAGUGCUUGCCGCCCGCGCGACUCCCCCUGAGUGAGGUUGGUCAAAAAAAAUAAUGGAUUUUACAGAGGCUUACUCAGAUACAUGCUCUACGGUUGGACUUGCUGUCAGGGAAGACAAUGUUAAAAUCUUAAGGAAGUUGCUGAAAAAGGGCCGAAGCAUUGAUGUUGCUGAUAACAGAGGAUGGAUGCCAAUUCAUGAAGCAGCUUAUCACAACUCAAUAGAAUGUUUGCAGAUAUUAAUUCAUACAGAUUCAUCUGAAAACUACAUUAAGACAAAGACUUUUGAAGGCUUUUGUGCGUUACAUUUUGCUGCAAGUCAAGGACAUUGGAAGAUUGCACAGAUUCUUUUAGAAGCUGGAGCAGAUCCUAACGCAACUACUUUAGAAGAAACCACACCAUUGUUUUUAGCUGUUGAAAAUGGACAGAUAGAUGUGUUAAGGCUUUUGCUUCAACACGGAGCAAAUGUUAAUGGAUCCCAUUCUAUGUGUGGAUGGAACUCUUUGCACCAGGCUUCUUUCCAGGAAAAUGUUGAGAUCAUAAAAUUACUUCUUAAAAAAGGAGCAGAUAAGGAAUGCCAGGAUGACUUUGGAAUCACACCUUUAUUUUUGGCUGCUCAGUAUGGCAAGCUAGAAAGCUUGAGCAUACUUAUUUCAUCAGGUGCAAAGGUCAAUUGUCAGGCCUUGGACAAAGCUACUCCCUUGUUCAUUGCUGCUCAAGAGGGUCAUACAAAAUGUGUGAAGCUUUUGCUGUCUAAUGGGGCAGAUCCUAAUCUUUACUGUAAUGAGGACAGUUGGCAGUUACCUAUUCAUGCAGCUGCACAAAUGGGCCAUACAAAAAUCUUGGACUUACUAAUACCACUUACUAAUCGGGUCUGUGAAACUGGACCAGACAAAGUAAGCCCUGUUUACUCAGCAGUAUUUGGAGGACGUGAAAAGUGUCUAGAGUUACUUCUCCAGAAUGGUUACAGCCCAGAUGCCCAGAUGUGCCUCGUCUUUGGAUUCAGUUCUCCCAUGUGCAUGGCUUUCCAAAAGGACUGUGAGUUCCUUGGAAUUGUGAAUAUUCUUUUGAAAUACGGAGCCCGACUAAAUGAACUUCAUUUGGCAUACUGUCUGAAGUAUGAGAAGUUUUCAGUAUUUCGCUACUUUUUGAAGAAAGGUUGCCCAUUGGGACCAUGGAACCAUAUAUCUGAAUUUAUAAAUCAUGCAAUUAAAGCACAAACAAAAUAUAAAGAAUGGUUGCCGCAUCUUCUGCUUGCUGGAUUUGACCCAUUGACUCUACUGUGCAGUUCUUGGAUUGACUCAGUCAGUGAGGACACCCUUAUCUUUACUUUGGAGUUUACUAAUUGGAAGAGACUUCCACCAGCUGUUGAAAAGAUGCUUUCUGUGCGUGCCUUAAACUCCUCUUGGGUUCUACAGCAAUGGCUUGCCUCUGUUCCAUCCUUAUCCCAUCUUUGUCGUUUGGAAAUUCGGGCCAGCCUAAAAACAGAACACUUAAAAUCUGACAGUUUUAUCCGGCAAUUGCCGCUUCCUAGAAGCCUACAUAAUUAUUUGCUCUAUGAAGAGACUCUGAGGAUGAAUGAGGUUCCAGAACUGGCAGUUCACGAUGGAGAAAUCAGUGAAGCUACUUAACACAGUUUAUUUCUUACUCUGAAAACCAUCAAGACAAAAGAGCCAUGGUGUACAAAUUAUUCAUGAUUUUGUAGUCACAAAAAAUGAUUUUUGUUUGAGCAACUGGUUAGAGUUUAAAGGGCAGUACUGAUGUGAAUGUUUACAGCUGGUUGUCUCGGUAAAAAAAAUGUAAAUUUCACUUACACUAUUUUAUUGGAGUUUCAUUAUCAGCACAUUUUAUGUUGUAAUAUUUGUUUACCUCACCAUUGUCUGCUUUAUUCUGCCAAUGUGAUGUUUCUUCUAGUGCCACACAUGGUAUACUUCCACGUAUAAUUUAUGUUUACCUGGAGCUAGCAGCUACAAAUGGAAUAUGUAAUACUUCUCUGGAAGGGUAUACAACUGUUGUUGAAUUUAUUAUUGUUACUAUUAUUAUUUUAGGGGGCUGAAUAUCUCUUAUGUUUAUAACAGAGUACAUUUUCCUAUCCUUUCAUAUUUCAUUUUUAUCUCUGAAGCCAGUCACUGUUAUGAAGAAUUGACAGUCAUUACCUUUUCACAUGUAAACUCCGGGGAAUUUUUUUUUAAAAGAAAAUCAGUAACAUUGCUGGUCCCACCUACUGCCAUUUCUUUAUAUUCUUUGGCGAAAAUAUACCUAUUUCUAAUCUUCAAAGGUUAAGAAUGUACCUAAACUCACAGGUACACUCAAAUUAUAAGGUCAAUUUUAGGAUAAACAAGCAUUUUAUCACUUUUAGAAUAUUAAAAAGGAGACUGAGGAGACAUUAUGUAACAUCAUUUUUUAAAAGGUGCAUAUUCCUGAGUUAUUAUCACAUAUUACAGUCAAGCUCCAUUCAGCCCCAGAAUCAAAAGGCAGCUUUGUUCCUAUGAAGCAGUUAUAGCCAGUUCUAUUAAUAUUAUAGUGUUUUUUUUUUCUUAUUCUCUACAUAGAUUAUCAAACAGCCCAUGAAAUAGACCUCAAAAUCCUGGAUUAAUGAGGCACUGCUUCAUAGGUUUUUACAGUUGCUUAGUGGAAAUCUAGUCAGGGAGGAUAAAUUCAGGACCACUGAAUUGCUUAGAGGCUGUGGAGACUAGGUUUGAGAGAGAGAGAGAGAGAUAUGAGAGCAUUCCUCUCACAGUAGACAAUUUGAGAUAGUACCAAAAGAGGCAAGUCUUCCAUCCUGUGGGAUCCUGUGGUUAAACACAUGGGAGUAGAGCUGCCUGUCCCUCUGAGGUAGGCCUUUGCUAUUUGAUAAAAGCAGUGAUGAAAGUGGGAUGAGGGAGAAUAACAUUGCUAAGAUCCAGAGGGAUGAUUGGUUCUUCUGUGGAUCAAGUGUAUAGUCUGAAAUAGGUUAGAUAUGGAAAUUCAGGUAGAUUCUGAUAAUAACUUUCAAAAUUAUAUGUAUUAUGUAGUAUUUUUAAAAUGUCAUAACCUUUAUUUUCCAAACCCUAAGUCUCUGAUUUUUUAAUAUAACACCUUUUGGGGUGUGAUUAGGGCCAAGUGUGCAUAGAAAGCUUAAAUUUGAAGGUGAUCGUUUAUAUAUUAUUCAGCUGUAUAAUUAAAAACUGAAUUAUACAUUAUCAUUGAGCUCUUGCUUUUGAAGAUCUGAGAAUCAAUAGAGAUGGUCUCUGACAGAUGGUUUUUUUAGACUUUACAAUAGUGCAAAAGUGGUGCACAUUCAGUAGAAAACAUACUCUCAAUUUUGAAUCUUGAUCUUUUCCUGGGCUAGUGAUGUGCUAUGAUCCCAGCACUCUGGGAGGCAGAAACAGCUUGAGCUCAGGCUGGGCAGCUUUGCGAUUUAGGGAAACCCUAUCUCAAAAUUUAAAAACAGCUGGGGAUGUAGCUCAAUGUGAGGGCCCUUGGUUCAAUCCCCAGUACCAUAAGAGCAAAACAAAAACUGGGGUGCCUGGACUAACAUUUAGAUACAGUUCUAACCAACAGAUUCCAUUACUUACAGGUCUGUGUGACCUGGGGUAGUUGUUUGGAAGAUAACCAGGAGUGGAUGUAUUUCUCCUAAUAGCUCUUGUUGGAUCUCUGACAUUACACUUAUACAUUCCCUUUGGGAGUGUUUAUGACUUUAGGUAAAUAUGGCCCAUGUUUGAUAGCUUACAUACUCUCAUGAUAGUUUUAUAAAUAAAACCUUUGUUUUUUUCUCAUUAUUUAAAAAAAUGUUUUAGCAAAAUAUUUAAUGAAAUGUAAUAUUCCUAAGUGCAAGUAUCAAGAUUUCUUUUAGCUUGGUCUUUAGUUGUUUUCCUCUUUGAGGCUGAAUUGUUUUUUAAUCUGUAUUUAUUGUUAUUGUUGCUAAAUGACAAAUGACCAUUGAUACCAUUGAUACAUUAUACCUGACAGUAAGUAAACUUUUUUGUUCAGUAAAACCCUAUAGUUUUAAUUAAAUGAAACUCAUUAUGUUUAGUGUUUCUGUGACAAGUUGGUAGAAAAUAUAUAUAGUCUGUGUUACGGCUAUAUCUAGAUACCCCCAAAGUCUCAUGUGGUCAUAGGUGGGGCUUUUUGGAAGUGGCUGGAUCUAGGGUGUGAUACUGGGAUUAAGGGUGUGUGAUAACUAAAUGUGUUUAGCACAGUUCUUGAUGUAGAUAAUGGAAGCCCCACCCUGGGUGUUGGUGGCACCAACAAAUAGGCUUACAGCUUGGGUGGAAUAUAAAGGGAGAGAGGGAAGGCAGGCUGCUGCUACUUGUUGUUUUGUUGCCUCCUGCCUGCUUUGCCAUGGACUCUUUUCUCCUCUGUGAUGCCCCUCUCUCAUGCCACCCUGCGUUGGAGCCAGCUGUCUAUGAACUGAAACCUCUACAGACUGUGAGCCAAAUAAACCUUUUCUCCUUUAA